AUGGGGCGCUUUGGCCUGGUUCAUCCACGCGGGGCCUACCUACAACGAAGACACUGCAGCGAUGAGCUUCCUCGACCGAGCAAACCCCUCUCUCAUACGGAUUUUCAGUACACCUUGAACCUCACGCAGGACGCUUUGAGAGCAAGGGACCUCACACCUCCUCAAGACUCGGCAAGUGGGCAUCAUUCGGUCGUUGAUGACGAAUCGAAAUACCCCGAUGAUUUGAUCACUUUACUGCAAGCCGCACGACCCGUCUUGGAACUUGGUCACGAGAAGGUCACUCAGCUCUUUACAAUAUUCAAGGACGAGGUCUAUCCUAUCUAUCCUUGCGUCAGCCUGGAACUGGGCUAUGGAGCUCUCGACGCCAUCUUUUCACAUUUGACGCAUGCUGCGACCGGAGCUACUUCCAAGCUGGAUAUGAUCGAUAUAGAGCUCACAAAAGCAGUUUCAGCAAUCGCCUUGCUUAUAAGAGGUGACACACAGAACCCCCUAGCCUUUGACCUCGAAGCCCAAUUGGCGUGGAGUGUAGACUCUUGUUUCGAUCAAGAGAAGCCUCAGGUUGAGGUCAUGGCAACUCUGCUGUCAAUCUAUUUAGAUCUCAAGCAAAGACCCGUCAAAGCAUGGCGGAUGUCUGGUGUCGCCGCCAGAUUGUGUCUCGAGCUCGGUCUACAUCGAGAAAAGUUCUUUGAAGUUGCCAAGGCGCAUCCACAGCGAAUUAUCGACUGGAAGCGCCUGCUUGCUUGUGAACCACAAGGAUCUUAUCUAUCAACUAUGAUCUCCUUGGACAGUAACCUCUCCGAGAUAUGGACUCUCGUCAACGCUCCGUCAUCACAGUCAAAGAAUAACGCCGAACGGAUUGAAUUCCUCACCUUUCAAUUACAGAAAGUCGUUGACAGAAUACCCACAGAGGACUUUGUGUCUCUAGAGCCAAUCAUAAUGCCACCAGCAUGGUUACAGACUGGACUGAAACACUUCUGCCACCUUCGCGUGCACCACAUCAAAAUCCUCACACAGAUCGGCGCCUUCGGUUCGCUACGGGAUCUUAUCUCCCAUCCAGCGUCAGCCAAAUCUCUCUUGACGGCUGCUGCGAAGUCGGUCGAUCUACAUUGUAAAAUGGCUGAUGCUGGUGAAAUCAGCCCACUCUUGUUGCCGACGGCGGUCAAACUGCCUCUAGCGUCUCUAUCCAUCAUGCUCUUUAUUGUCUCACAUCGUCCAGAAGAAUACGGAUCGAUGUGUAGCAAGCCCUUUCAGACUGCGAUUAAUAUACUGCACAACUUACAGAACUGUGUCAAAGACUUGGAUCGGAAGAUUUGGAGCACGUUGGAGUUAUUGGAAAAGAUUGCUGGAAUUAGCGAGGCGUCACAGUCUAAGACAUCGGCGCCCGUGUUCAAUCGCAAGGAAAUCACCCGCAACAUCGUCUAUCAAGGGGAACCCUUGGGUGAAGGGACCUUGUUUGACGAGCUCCCCACGCCAGAUUCAGAAUUGUUCAGUCUAUUAGGAGAUGUCGGUAUGGCGGCUACUGACAUGUUACAUUUCGAUGAUAUUUUCGGGUAA